AUGAGUCGCGAACUCUGGGACAGUGCUAAGAAGAUUGUGCAAGAGCUGGGUGAGGAAAUCGAGCGCAAUGGGCCCAACAUCCGUAUAGAACAACCAGGCCUCGGCUGGCAAUACGGCGGAAAAUUCCUUCAGGAUAGAACUGAGAGAUUGAAAGCAGAAAUGAGAACAAAGGGAUAUAACGUCCUCGCCUGUACUGUAUUCCACUUCUCCAAAAACGCGAAAAUCCUAAACCCAACAAAACAUUAUAUUUUACUACCGAUAGAAGGGUCUUCGAUGCUCAAACCAACGGAGCGUCCCUUGUCAAAGUUACAAGCACACAUUAUUCAUGACGAACCAGUACUAGAAUCAAACGGAGGAGUGAAUAUGAUAUGCAUGGCGCUAGAAGGGGAGCAUGGAGAAAAGAAGGUUGGCAGGGAUGUGGAAAUAGAGUGUGUUGAGUAG